UGACAUUUUGAUAAUCUCCACGUAAAUUUUCGAGCGAAGCGAGUGCAAUUCCGGAGCUCAGGCGCUAGGCCCUAACCAGCUCUCCUCGGCCGCGUCUGUUGGAACAAUCCGAUCAUUUAGCUUUCUCGUCUCCAGAAACUUGAAAGAUGUCGGGCCAAGGAGAUAAGAUUAACGUGUUUCCAUCACGAAUGGCAUUGCAAAUCAUGAAAGGACGACUAAAAGGAGCUCAGAAGGGGCAUAGUUUGCUGAAGAAGAAAGCUGAUGCGCUAACGAUGCGGUUCCGCCAGAUUCUUGCCAAGAUUAUCGAGACGAAAACGCUAAUGGGAGAAGUGAUGAAACAGGCUACUUUCUCUCUGACGGAGGCAGUUUAUGCUGCUGGUGACAUUGGACCCGUUGUCAUGCAGAAUGUGGAUAAAGCUCAAACAAAAGUUCGCUCCAAGAAGGACAAUGUAGCUGGUGUCACCCUUCCAGUAUUUGAAUCCUACACUGAUGGCUCAGACACUUUCCAGUGGACUGGACUUUCCAGAGGAGGUCAGCAAGUAGCACGAUGCAAGGAGUUCUUUUCCAAGGCAGUGACCUUGAUGGUGGAGCUAGCAUCACUACAGACAAGUUUCAUCACAUUGGAUGAAGUCAUAAAGAUCACAAACCGUCGAGUUAACGCCAUUGAGCAUGUAAUCAUUCCACGCAUUGAACGGACGAUUGCGUACAUCACGACAGAGCUUGAUGAGCGAGAGCGAGAGGAGUUCUAUCGGCUGAAGAAGAUCCAGGAGAAGAAGAAGGAAAUGCGGGCGAAGAAGGAGGCGGCGCUAGCUUUGCUGAACACCACCGAUGGUGGUAGUCGGGAAGCACCCAAUUUGCUGGCGUCAGGAGUGGAUGAGGACAUUUUAUUCACAUAGCACCACUGCUGUAACCACUGCUGUCUGUUGCAUUACUGCAUGGGACCUUUUUCUGUCGGUCAUUGACUCCUCAUCCUUCUCUUCUGGGUACAUGUAUUGUCCCAGCUCUUCAACCAUCUUCUGAUCCGUGACAUGAUGUAUUUUGUAAAGUGUGUAACUCACAGAAAAAGUUAUUUUAAUGUUUUUUUCUCUUUCUUAUAAAUCAUUGUCAAUGUCACCCAAUCGAUAUCGUCUCCUAUGUGUGGAAUUUUCAUGCCGAUUAACAAUCAGGUGUGCAUUCCUUGCUAUCUAAUUUUCCUGCAUAUUUCAUUCCUUACGGCUUUGUUGACUGCUUAUAUAUUUGACUCCUUCCUAGGGAUUGAAAAAAUGCUUUGGUUUGUCGUGAUAAAUCUAAUAUUGACUUCGUACUAGGUCGAUGUGUGAAAUAAAAACCUGGUCAAAGA